AUGAAGGUUGCGGAGAUUGGCACAGGCACGGGAAUGUGGCUUCUAGAUUUAGCAUCUCAACUUCCCGAAAGUGUCCAACUAGAUGGCUUUGACUUGUCCGAGGAGCAAUUUCCUGCCCGAUAUAUUUGGCCGGCGAAUGUAACCUUUGACAAGCUUGAUGCCUUUGGAGAUGUCCCUGACCAUCUCGCUAACAAGUAUGACGUGGUUCACCUACGAUUCUGGUGUUGUAUCGUCAGAAACAAUGACCCAACUCGACUCAUACGGCAUGCAGCAGGUCUCCUGAAACCUGGCGGUUACCUUCAAUGGGAGGACGCCAACACCGGAAAAACUGUUGUCCGCGGAGAAAUAGCGGAAGAGUUUGCGAAAGUGGUGAGAUCAACUUUUUCGGCCGAAGAACUCUACUUCGAGUAA